CACGACAGCAGGUUUGUGGAGAGGAUGUACAAUGCUUAUUGGGACCAUCUGAAAGAACAAUUAUCAAGUACUCCUCCAGAUUUCACCUGUGCUCUUGAACUAAUAAAAAAUGUCAAGGAGAUCUUGCUGUCGCUCCUAUUACCACACCAGAAUCGUCUGAGAAAUGAGAUUGAAGAAUCUUUGGACCUGAGUGUCUUUGAGCAGGAGACAGAACAAGGAGCUCUAGAUGUUCUUCAUCUCUCUACCUACAUUCUCAAAUUGAUGAGCCUAUUGUGUGCUCCAGUACGAGACGAAGCAGUGAAGAAACUAGAGAGUAUAAAAGAUCCAGCGGAAUUACUGAGGGGAAUCUUUCGUGUUUUGAGUCUGAUGAAAAUGGACAUGGUGAAUGAUACUGUCAAGUAUCUUCAACCCUACAGGCAGGAACAUUCUAUCCAACAUGAACGAGCUAAAUUCCAAAAACUUCUUGAAAAACAGCCAGAUUCCCUCAUAUGCACUAAAAUGUGGCUAACUGAUGCAGCCAGAGACCUCACUACACCAUUUCCAAGUUCUGACAUUCCUCGUUCCUCUACCAGCACAACAUGGUCAUUUUCUGAUCAAGAGGUGGAGAACUCAGAGCCUCCUAGUCUUACAAUGGUGCUAUAUCAAGCCUACUUGAACCUCCUUCUCAAGGAUUAUGGAAAUGAAGAAUACCCAGAGACUCUUCUAAUGGACAGAAUUCGUCUUCAGAAGAUGAAUUCCAAAUUGAAGCAUUUAACUAUCCUGGCCUCAGUUUUGCUAGUGGCUAGAAGUUUCUCUGGAAGUGUUUUAUUCAGAUCACCUGAAUUUGUGGAAAAACUGAGAUGUGUCACCAAGGCUCUGACACAGGAAUUUAAUUCCAAGCCUGAAGAGACUAUGUUGAGAGUGAGUGAACAAGUACCUCAGGAGAUUUAUCAAGGCCUAAAAGACAAGGGCCUCACUGCUCUGAGCAGUGAAAACAAGGCAUCACUUGUAAGCCAACUCCAGAAUAUUGCCAAGAAAGAAAACUGCAUUCGUAUCAUCAUUGAACAGCGGAUUCGCUUGUUUUUCAAAUGCUGUUUAAUUCGUGGCAUGCGAGAGUCCCUUCUAGACUUUCCUGGAGGCCUUCUAUUCAUUGAAGGGGAGUUGGCAGAACUGGGCUGGAAGUUUGUUAGCCUGAUACAUUACAAUCAGCAUGUCUUCAGCCCAUACUAUGCUGAGAUCAUGAAAGAUAUCAUUUCUCCAGCUCAGCCAAAUAAAGGAGAAGUGGAACCUGUCUAA